AUGGCCGUUAGCUGCUUCGGACCCGUCUUUCGAGGCGGUCAACACCCGUUUCUGCCAGCCGCUCCAUUCGACGACGAUGACGCUGACGAUACCGGCACCAAUAAAUUCCGGGACUGCGUUGACAAUAAGGGCCAGCCCGCGCCCGCGAUUGACGCCACCCGAGCAGGCGAAGAUGGAUCCGCGCAAGGAACAGCAGAACCUUCCGCGCUUCCGCCUCCCCCACUUCCUCCCCCUCCGCCUCCGCCCCCAUCGUCUGCUCCCCCUCCCCCUCCCCCUCCGCCUCCGCCACGCGCGCCCCCCCCGCCCCCUCCCCCGCCCCCGCCUGGCUCAUACUCCGCUGGCGGCCUAACCACUCCGCGCGCGUCCUUCCGGCGCGCGCGGUCGAUCAAGGAGCGGCGGGAGGCAGUGGCGCUGAAGGUGUUCCACUGGAGCAAGGUGCACGACACCAAGGGCACCAUCUGGGACGAGCUCUCUAAAGAUGCCGACCUCUUCUCGCGCGUGCAAGUAGACGGGCCUAAGCUCGAGGCGCUCCAGGUGCUAUUUAAAGCCAAGGAGACUAAGGUUAAGAUAGGCGCGGGGGGGGUGGCGGGCGCGGGGAUGAACGGGCUUGGUGGGGUGUUGGGGAGGGGAAGGGGUGGCGGAGGGCAGGGGGAUGCGGGGGACGGGGGGGAUGGGGGAGAGGGGAAGGAGGGGGAGGGGAAGGGUGUGGUGAAGGUGGUGACUCUAACGAGGGCGAACAACGUGGCUAUAACGCUGGCGCAGUUCCGCAUGGCGCAUGAGGAGAUCCGAGACGCCAUCCUGCUGGGCAACCCGGGGGGCGCUCUGUCCCUGGACCAACUCGCGCUCAUCACCCAGGUGAUUCCAUCAGAGAGCGAGGCGCAGCAGCUGCUGGCGUACACAGAGAGCCGCCCUCUGGAGAACCUGUCAACCCCUGAGCGCUUCCUGCAUGCGCUCGCUACCAUCCCCCGUUUGAGAGACAAGAUCGAUGUGCGGAUUAUGUGGGAGGAGGGGGGCAUGGAAUGGAAGGGGAGAAAGGGGGAGAGUGAGGGGAGUGAGGGCGAAGCUAGCCAUCUUCCAUCAGACAUCCGCCCAUGCCCUCCCGAUGUACCUACAAUCCCCCAAGCCACCUUUUCUAUCCCUUCCCUGACAACCCUUCCUCUCCCUUCCUUCCCCCCUUCCCCCUUUCCCACCUUGCCCUUCCCGCUACUUCCCUGCCCUGUCCCGCUGCCCCUUCAUUGUGCGUGCCGUGCCGCUACAUGCAAUGCAACGCGGCGGCAUGAUCAGGCGUGGGUGUUCAUGCUGCGCUGCGCUGACAUGGUGGCAGACACACAGCGCCUCAUCCACACCUUCCAACGCGCCUGCCACCAGGUACGGGAGUGCAAGCCGCUGAGGGCAGCCAUGGCAGCAGCGCUGCAGGCAGGCAACGAGCUAAACUACGGCAGCACCAAAGGGCCCUUAUCAGCAGUGGCCAGUGCAAGCAGCGUGGGUGCUGCUGCUACUUGUGCUUCUGCUGCCCACACUGCUGCGCUGCUGCCUGGGUCAAGAAGCACAGGUGCUCGCAUCCUUGUGCAUGCAGCAACGACUAGCACCAACCCUGCCUCCAACGGCGGUGCUGGUGGUGGUGCAAGCAUUGUGAGUACGAGCACGGUUAAUGCAACUGGCAGUAGCACGGGGAGCAGGAUGGAAGGGCGACAGGUGAAACGAACCAUGCUACAGGCCACAAGCCUCCUAGACGUAGUAGCUGUGCUAGUCAUGUCAGGCGGAGCGGUGCAGAUCGGUACUGAGAUGUCCAAGGCUCUGGAUGCUGUUGCUGCUGCAGCCAGGGUCCCUUUGGAGGAGAUUCAGAAGAGCAUGGGAGGUGUGGACGAGGGGAUUACGACAGUGGAAAAGGAGCUGGCGUUUGUUAUCAAUGAGGAAGAGGCGAAGGAGGCUGCUGCUGCUGCGGCUGAAGCAGCGCUUUUGGAGGGAGAAGGAGGGAGUGAGGAGGGCGACGAGGAGCAGGAGGAGCAGCAGUUGAAGGAGGGAGAAGGUGAGGAGGGUAGUGGUGGAGGUGAGGGAGGAGAGGGUGAGGAUGGUGGUGCUGUCUCGCAGGGGAGUGGAAAGGAGAGAGGAGGUUUUGGAGAGCAGAACGGAUCAGGGGAGGAAGAGGAGGGAGAGGUGCUGAUGCAGAGCAUGAGGGGGAGGAGUGACAGGGAGGAAGCAGAGACUCCCAACGGUUCCACCUGUGCCGUCACCUGCUGGGGCCCUCUGCGGCCUAGAUCUGGCCGGGGUAGCAGAGGAGGGAUCAGGGGAGAGGGAGAGGGAGAGAAAGGCGGGAGGAAGGAGAGGGUUGGGUGGAGAGGGAGUGCUAGGCGGUUAGGCAGGGAGUGGGAGGAGUGGGGGAAGAUGGAGCGACCUUUGGUGCGAGGGAAGGAGGUGGGUGGAAAGAAGAGGAUGGGAGGGGAGAGAGAGGGGAAGAAUUCUGGGAAAGGAAGGGAAGGAAGAAAGGGAGGGGGAGGGGAAGGAGGUGGUGUGCGAAAUGAGAAGGAGGGAGAGGAGGGCGUUGGGCACGAUCAAGGUGGGGAGACGGGAAGCAGGGUUGGAGAUGGAAACACAGUGCCAAACCCUUCUUCUUCUGCUGCCACUCCCCUUGCUGCUGCUGCUGCUGCUGCUGCUGCUGCUGCUGCUGCCCCUGCUGCCCCUGCUGCUGCCCCUGCUGCUGCCAUGCCAUCUCCUGCACACGCCACAGCUGCUUCACGCGACUCAAACACAGAGACAAACCCAGGAGAGGAGGAGACGAAGCAUUAUCCUGACGGUGCGGGCAUUGCCUCCACUCCCACAGCUGGCAUCGGGGCCUCCUUCUCAGAUAACAUCAGAGCAGGCGUGAAGCUCAGGAGCGUUCCCCCCACGCCCCGAGGAACAGGGCCAGGUGGAAGGAGGUCUGUUCCCCCCACGCCUAGAGGAAUUGCAGCAGGAGGGGGAAGGAGUGUUCCCCCCACACCUAGAGGGGUUGGAGGUGCAGGGGGAGGGAGGAGCGUUCCCCCCACACCCCGCACGCUGGCAGUGGAGCAUUCCGGGAGGCUAAAGGGUUCUCUUCCUCCUGCCACGCCUAGCACGAAAAGUGCUGCUCUCCCUCCCCGCCCUGCGCCUGCUUCCGCUGCUGCUUCUGCCGGGGAAGGCAGCAGAGGCAAAGGCGGAAGGGGCGCGGGUGCUGGGGCGCGAGGGAGGGGCGGAGUGACUGGGUACAGAUGGGUGACGAGGUUUGGCGCGAGGAAGGGGAUUGCGAUGGCGGUGGUGGGAAGGCCGGUGCCAAUCGCCGGGGUUGCAAGUGAUGACGGGGAGCCUCGUGCUGGGGCUGCUAGAGGGCGGGGCACAGCACGGGGAGGAGGGCCCAGGGGGGCUGUGAGUAGGGGAGGAGGAGGUGGUGGUGGUGGUCGUGUGGGGACGAGCAGAGCUGGACCGAAUGGGGUUCUGGAGAGUGAUUCCCGCAAGUGCAUGGCGUUCAAGCGGAGCCCUCUGAACGGGGUGAUCGCCGCAACCCCUCGCACGCAGCAGGUGUGGGCAGAGCAGCACGGCAGCACCACCGGCAACCUUCCCGCUGCCCGUCCACACUCCCACCCCCACGCUCCCACUGCCGCUCCUUCUACUGAUACAGCCGCAGGAGCGGCACUGGCAGUAGCAGAGCGGCAGGAGGAGGAGGAGGAGAAGAAGGUGGCAGAAGAGUUAGAGGAAGAGGAGGGAAAAGAGUGGAGGGUGUAUGACGAUGUAGCGGCGUGGCAGCAAUGGCGCAGGAGCAGGGGAGAAGAGUCCGGGGACGAGGGUGAUGUGAGUGGCAACAUCGGACCCGGUGCAUACCAUUUCCUUAAAGCCCACUACCCACCCUCCGCUGCAGCGAUCUCUGCAGCAGGUUCGGAUUACGACCGAGCAGGCGGGUCGCUCUAUAGGGGGUACAGCGGGGGAGAGAUGAGCGAUGCGGCAGCUGCAGUGGAGAGGAGCAUGCGGAGGGAGGCAGCAGCUGCGCUUGCAGCAGCAGCGGUGGCUGCAGCAACAGGGGUAAGAGGCUCCACGAGCUUGCGACCUCGCCCGUCUCCCCGCGUCUCUGGCCGGAACAGCAAGGCGGCAGCUGCAGGGCGGGCAGCUGUGGAGAGAGAGGUUGAGAGGGAGAGGGCAGGGAGGCGGAGGAGGGGAGAGGCUGGGCGAGAAUCCGACGAUGCAUUUGGGUUUGAGGAGUCACAGAGGAGCAGGAUGCAUGCGGAAAGGGAGGGGAUGUUGCAGGCGAGCAGCCAGGGUCCUGCUGUGCUCUAUGCGUCUUUUGAGGCGCCUCAAAAGUCGUUACUGGGCACGAGUCAGGGUCGUGCUGGGCUCUAUGCAUCGGGUGCUGCGGGUGUGUCGCGGGCAUCAGCUGUGCGUGUCGCGUACGGGUGUCACAGGGGGGGACCUGUGGCUGAAUUGGCACGGAGAGAAGCCUUGGAGGGGUUUCCCAGGUGCCAGAGCGAGCCUGGCAAGAUGUGUCUGGAACAGAGGGGGCGAGUGGAGCAUGGGGAGGAGGACGGAGGAGAGGGGCUGGUGUGGGAUGGUUUGGAUGGUUUGGAAGGGAGCAAGCGGGAGGAGGAUUAUUUUGCGUUUGAAGACGAGGGGGUGCGUGGGAAGGGUUGGGAUGUGGCCGGUGGAGAGAGGGAAGGGAGUGAGGAAUCACUGAGAGGGACGAAACCGGCAAUCCGAGGGCUAUAUGUGAAAGAUGUGGUGAGCAAGUGGGAAGGGGGAGCGGGCGGGGGCGCGGGAGGGAGGAUUGACGAGAGCGACUGGGAGACCGGGGAGGUGGAGGAAGCGGAGAGUGGCCGGGAGAGACAGAGGAGGAUGAUGUUCCAGAGAGGGGGAGGGUGGAUGAGGCAAGUGGGGGGGGAGAGUGAGGGAGCUGGGAGUGGUGUUGAUUGUUAUGCAGGUGGGCAGCACCAGGGCGUAGGGCGCUUGGUCGAAAGCCGUGGGCAGCUUGGGAGUGCGAGCAGAGGCGGAUGUGAGAAGGUGGACGAUUGCGAGAAUUCUCAACACGUGAACGAGCGUGCCUGUCGGGGGGCAGGGGUGGAGGGUGUUGAUGCUGCUGACAGCCAUGGCAGUGCUUGUGGCAAUUCUCAUCCGUCUGCUGAUACUAACAGUGGUGCUUUAGCUUCUCCUGAGCUUGAUUGUCCUGGUGGUGCGGGUGAAGACCCCACCAGUGGUAAUGGAGAUGGCAAUGGGGAUGGUGAUGGUGAUGAUGAUUACGCUGGUGUGCCGGUGUCUGCUGCUGCAUGGCAAUGGGAGCUGUCUCUCUCUGACCGUCUAACGCAGUUUCUAGACAUAGCAAGGGCGAAGAGGGAGGGGCUGGUACGGCAAAUGGAGGAGAGCAAGCAGCAGUUCCAGCAGCUUGCAACGUUUCUGGGAGAACCACCCUCCUCUACUCCCCAGGCGAUCUUUGGGGCACUGGCGCGGUUUGCAGAGGCGUUUGAUAAGAGCCAACGGGCCGUUGGCCUUCUCUCCUUUCCCCGAGCCGCUUUCCAAAACCUGCGCUUUGUUCUCGACAGCUUCGAGAGUUUUUCAAACAAGGAAGAGUAUAGAAUAAAGGAGCCAGCUGCCGUUAUGGGAAGCCCCAUCGGCUCGCCUCUCACAAACCCUCCUACGUCUCCCCUUCGCGAAGCCCCUUUUCCGUCCGCCGCCAACUUUUCCGUCGGGGCGCAUUCGGUGCAACCCGCCGCGCCUUCCUGCGCCACCCCGGCGGCGUGCACCUCUUUCCCCUUGGCUCCGCCCGCGCACGCGCUAGCGACGGGCGCGGAAACGCUUCCCCGCAUGGCAAUUCCUGCGGUUUUUCCGGAAGCUUCCGCCUUUGGCGCUGCGGCGUCACGUGGCUGGACAGGCAUAGCCUGCGGGGCUGACGCGCUAAGGCUGGGAUGUAAGCGCAAGGGAGGCGCAUGGAUGGGGGGAGACGGAGGAGCAGGCGGAGCGGACGUUGGGAUUCCGGGAGUUGGUGUGGCGGGCAGGGGGAGCGCAACGGGGAUGGAUGGAGUGGUGGGCGGGAUGCGGAAUGAGGCCAUGGCAGACAUGGCGGAUUUGGGGAAUCCAGCAAAGCGGGCGAGACUGCAGCUUCCAGUGCCUCUAGUAGCACCAUCAGCACCAGCGGACCCUGCAUACGCAGUCUCUGCUCUACCAACCACAUCUGAUCUUUUUGCACCUCCCUCCAUCUCUCCUACCUCCGCCUCUCCAUCCUCCCCAGUCCUCCGCGCCCUAACCCCUCCUCCGUCACCCCCUCUCUCGCCUACAUCUAUGCAAGCCUCCGCUUUCCUCUCCACCCCAUUCACUGCUCCUGCUGCUGCUGCAGCAGCUGCACCCAUUCCGUCUGCCGCUCCUGUUGCAUCGAUCGCUGCUGCCAUUCCAAGCAGCUACAGUGCCGUUGCUCCCAUCGCUGCUACUGCACCUACCUCUCAACCACCUUUCCAGGGCGCAUGCUCUAUGGACACAAUCUCUGGAUCCCCACACACGCCACUGUACGCACAACUGCAGUCUUCGCCACCACCCACUGCACCCUUUCCAUUGCAAGAAGCAGACAAUCAGAAAGCUGUUGUCCUGUAUUCCCCUCCUGUCAUCCCCUCUCUCUCCACGGGCGCUGGCGCGGGUGCUGGCACUGGGAGGAGAGCAGAGCGAGAAGCCAUGGCAGGAGCAUCAGCGUCACUCGCAGCACGGGCAGCAAUGCAGCAGUGGCCGAUAGAGAAGCUCAAAGCGGCAUGGGCGGGGGCCAGCCCUAUGGAAAAAAGGGUGCUUGGGGGCAUGAUUGGGUCGUUGCUGCAGGGCCAGCCGAUUCAGAUCUUGGGAGGGAGCAAGCUGCUGGAAGCCUUGACUCUUCGUUCCUCUCUGACUGCUCUCUGCAUCCGCCUGCUCUUCCCUUGCCUGUUCGUUUCUUUUGCAGCCCUUCAGCUCCAUCCACCUGUUGUCGCGGGUCGUGGCCUGGGAGAGGACGACACAGAGUUGAAAGCACAGGAAGAGGGUGGAGAAGACGAAGACAAAGAAGACGAGUUGGAGCAAUCAGAGCAGCAACCAGACUCUUUGAUGGCAACAGCAGAUGCCAUGAAUCUGGAGCACCAGAAAGUGGUCAGCAGCAGCUGUUAUGAGGGAAACAAUGGGGAGGACAUGGAGUUGGUUGAAUGA